AUGUCUAGAUUAGAUAGAUUAGUAAUACUAUUAGAAACGGGGUCAACUUCAUUUAUAAGAAAUACUGCAGCAGAUCAAUUAUCUGAUCUAGCGAAAUCACAUCCGGAAGAUAUAUUAAAUUUAUUAGCAAGAGUAUAUCCAUUUUUGAAAUCAAAUAAAUGGGAAACAAGAAUAUCUGCAGCAAGAGCAUUUGGAGGUAUUGUAAAUAAUUCAAGUGAAUGGGACCCAAAUACAGAGGAUAUUAUUAAACUAGAGAAAGAAGAAGAGAAUUUAGUCAAAAGGGAGAUAGAUCAAAAUAUCAAAUACGAAGAUUCAACAUUUAUAAAACAGGAAAAGGAGGAAGAAUUUAAACUAAAAUUGGAGCAAGAUGAGGAAUUAAAAGAAUUAAGUGAUAAGUUCACGAGUCUACUAAAUUUCAAUGAAUUUGAUUUAAAUGAAUUAAUAAAAUCCGGUACAAAAUUAUUAUCAUCAAAAUCAGAUAACACAUUAAACAACGAUGACAUAUGUGAUUCAACUUUAAUUGGAAGAAUUAAAAGGCAUAGAGCAAAUAUACUACCGAAGGAAGAAGAACCAGAAAUAGACCCGGAAAUAGAAUCAAAUACACCAACACCACCAAUUAAAUCUGAACUAAAUAUGAAAAAAGAACAAUCACUACUAGAUUCACCCAGUUCACCUGGAUCACCAAUGACACCAACAGAAAGACCUACCUUAGAUAAACCAGUUUCAAGUGCAAGACUAAAAGCAAUGCAAAAAAGAAGAGCUAAAGUAAAUGCGAAAUCUGGAGGUGGGAAAUUAAAAACAAUUGAUAUAUCACAAAGUUCUAUAUCAAGACAAAUGAUGGAAAAUGGAGAAGCAAUGGAUAUUGAUUCUGAAACAAAUGGAGCACCAAGUGGAGGAGAUGCUUCAAAAUUUGAUAUAACGUCUCAACAAGGAGGUGAGAAAUUAGUUGUUGAAUCAAAAGUACCUGAAAUAUCACCUUUACUUUCGUUACAUAAUAAAGUAGCAGGACUAGUAUGGCAAUUUCAAGGAGUAUUUGAAUUAUUACUAGCAGAUUUAUUUGAUGAUAAUUGGGAAAUAAGACAUGGAGCAGCUUUAGGAUUAAGAGAAUUAGUUCGUAAACAUGGUAAAGGAGCUGGUAGAAUUAUGAAUAGAUCAAAAGAAGAAAAUGAUUAUAACAACUCAGCUACUUUGGAGGAUUUAGCAGUCAGAUUAUGUAUUUUGUUUGUCCUUGAUAGAUUUGGAGAUUAUGUUUCAGAUACUGUUGUUGCUCCAGUAAGAGAAUCAAGUGCACAAACUUUAGCUGCUUUAUUGAUACAUUUAGAUGAUGAAACUGUAAUCAACACUUUCGACUGUUUAAAUACAAUGACCAUACAGCAAGACUGCUUACCAAAAUGUUGGGAAGCUAAACAUGGUGGAAUGUUAGGAGUAAGAUAUUUAGUCAGUGUGAGAACUGACAUACUAUUAAAAAAUCCAGAAAUGUUUGAUAAGGUAAUAAAUAUGGUAUUAUAUGGAUUACAAGAAAGUGAUGAUGAUGUUCAAUCAGUAGCAGCAUUAACUUUAACACCAAUUGCUUCUCAAGUAGUUACUACGAGGCAAUCAAUUGUCAAAUCCCUUCUUGCAGUCAUAUGGGAUUGUUUGGUUAAUCUAAGGGAUGACUUAUCUGCAUCUAUUGGUUCAGUAAUGGACUUGUUAGCCAAAUUAUGCAGUCACAAAGAAGUGAUUGAAAUUAUUCAACAAGACGCUAAUCAAGAUGAAUUAAACUCAUUCAAGAAUCUAGUUCCAAGAUUAUAUCCAUUUUUAAGACAUUCCAUUACAAACGUUAGAAAAGCUGUUCUAAGGACUAUUUUGGAAUUUUUAUCUAUUGAUGAUUUCAUAACGAAAACUUGGAUUGAUGCAAAAGCUGUAAGGUUAUUAUUCCAGAAUCUACUAGUGGAACAAAAUCCUGAUGUACUAAAAUUAUCACAAACAGUAUAUGAGAAACUUUUACAAGAAAUAAAAAAAAAUGACUUAGAUAUCAAUACUUUAUUUGUCAAUCAAGCAUCUGACUUAUUAACAUUAACAAUGACACCAAUUGGUGUUUCGAGGCAUAAUUAUCAAAUGAACACUUCAUUGAUUAUGCGUCCAUCAGGACAAAUGUAUGGACCCUUGGAAGAUGAAGACAAACGUGGCAAAAAGAGAAACAAACAACAACAAGCUGAAGAAACUUUAGAUAUCCCAAUUGAAGAUUUGAAAAUAAAUAUAGAUGCACCUGUUUAUAAAGGUGAUGUUAUGCUUGUUGGAUUUGAAAGAAUGAUUGCUACUAGAUGUGCAGCUUCAAGUGCUUUUGGUAAAUCAUUAGCUUUAAUAAAAACACAAUCAAAUUUAACUUCAAUAUUUGAAAAUAUCAUGAAAUAUUUGAAUUCUCCACAUGCCACCGCAAGAUUAUUAGGUGCAUUUAUAGUUGAGGAUUACGCAAAUACUGUUAGGGAUGAAGGAGAAUCACCAAAUGAAAAUGUUGUAUCAUUAUUAUCAACACCUUUAAUGGAUGUAUUACAAGAUCCUUCAAAAUUACCAAGUUUUAGAGAAUUGAUUCCAUUACUAAAAGCUGUACGAACUUCAUGUUUACAAUUGUUUGAUUGCUUUGUAUCAACCGCAAGAUUAUCACCUUCUAAAAUACCACAAAUACCUGUAGUUGUUCAAGGUGAAUCAGAUGCUGGUCCAAACGCUUUUAGUAUUGAAGCAGCUGAAUCGAUAUGUAAUGAAAACUUUGAAAAAAUGAAAAAAAGUUUAUCUACUGCAAAUAGAUUAUCAGCUAAUCAAGCUUUGAAAGAUGCUAAACAUAGAAUUACUGUUGCAAUAAGUGAAUCAAAAAGCGUAUCUGAGUCUAAGAUCACUGGUAUCUUAGCGGCUUAUGCAGGUGCUGUACUUGCUUUAUCUGGAGUUCCAAAAAAAUUAAACCCAAUAAUUAAAUCUUUGAUGGAAAGUGUCAAACUGGAGGAUUCUUUAGUUUUACAGAAAAAAACAGUUUCCUCAGUUGCAAAUUUGAUUAAACAAUUAAAUUCGAAUGGUAAAAGAAAUGUUGCCGACAAGAUUAUUAAAAAUUUAUGUGCAUUUUUAUGUGUUGAUACGGCUGAAGUACCUGAAUUUCAUCAUAAUGUUGGGUUUAAAACUAAUAUUUUAUCAUUGAGAAAAGAAGAAGCUAAAAGUGAUCCUGCUGAUAUUGCUGCUCAUGAAAAAGCAGUUUAUGAAGCUAAAAUUAAAAGACAAGGUGCUUUAAUGUCACUUGAAGCAAUCAUUAAUAUUUACGGUGCGGAUGUACUUAAAGAAGUUCCAAAAUUGAAAGAGUUAAUGAUUGGUCCAUUAAAAGAGUUGGCAACUUUAUCAAAUGACGAUAUUAUUAAGGAUGAAUUUAAAGGUCAAAGUAUUAUUGAUGCGUUAGGUAUAUUGAAAGCUUUAUUACCAAAAUUAGAUCCAUCAUUAUAUCCAGAAAUUUCAGAUCAUUUAGAUUUGCUAUUACCAGGUUUAAAAUCAGAAUAUUCUGUAUUCCGUUAUUCUACAGCAAAAUGUUUCGCAACUAUAUGUUCUGUUGUUCCAACUAAAGCCUUCACAUUUUUAGUAAACUCAAUUUUACCAAUGUUAAAAAAUGCAGGUAGUGUAAUUGAAAGACAAGGUGCUAUUGAAACAAUUUAUCAUAUUUCUGCAACAAUGGGUGCAAGUAUUUUACCAUAUGUUAUGUUUUUAAUUGUUCCAGUAUUAGGUAGAAUGAGUGAUUCAGAUCAUGAUGUUAGAGUUUUAGCAACAACAACAUUUGCGUCAAUUAUUAAAUUAGUUCCAUUGGAAGCAGGUAUACCUGAUCCUGAAGAUAUGCCAAAAGAAUUAUUAGAAGGAAGAGAAAGAGAAAGAGAUUUUAUUCUGCAAAUGAUGGAUCCAUCUAAGAUUAAACCGUUUGAUUUACCAGUUAGUAUAAAAGCAACCUUACGUAAAUAUCAACAAGAAGGUGUUAAUUGGUUACAUUUUUUAAAUAAAUAUCAUUUACAUGGAAUAUUGUGUGAUGAUAUGGGAUUAGGUAAAACUUUACAAACAAUUUGUAUUAUAUCAUCUGAUCAUUAUAUGAGAUCCGAAAAUUUUAAGAAAACAAAUGCAGUCGAAUUUAGAAGAUUGCCAUCAUUAGUUAUAUGUCCUCCUUCAUUGACUGGUCAUUGGGAACAAGAAAUUAAUCAGUAUGCUCCAUUUAUGAAAGUUUUGGUUUAUGCUGGUAAUCCAAGUAUAAGAAUUCCAUUGAGAAGUCAAUUGUCUACUGUUGAUGUUGUCGUUACAUCAUAUGAUGUAUCACGUAAUGAUGUUGACUUUUUAUCAUCUCAAGAUUAUAAUUAUUGUGUUUUAGAUGAAGGUCAUAUUAUAAAGAAUGCAAAUUCUAAAUUAUCAAAAUCUGUUAAAAAGAUAAGAGCAGAACACAGAUUAAUUUUAUCAGGAACUCCUAUUCAAAAUAAUGUUUUAGAAUUAUGGUCAUUAUUUGAUUUCCUUAUGCCAGGAUUUUUGGGCACUGAAAAAGUAUUUCAUGAAAAAUUUGCAAAACCAAUUGCGGCAAGUAGAAAUAGUAAAACAUCAUCAAAAGAACAAGAAGCAGGAGCAUUAGCAUUAGAAUCAUUACAUAAGCAAGUUUUACCAUUCAUGUUGAGAAGAUUAAAGGAGGAUGUUUUAUCAGAUUUACCACCAAAAAUUAUCCAAGAUUAUUAUUGUGAAUUGAGUGAUAUACAAAAACAAUUAUAUAAGGAUUUCGCAAAAUCUCAAAAAGCAAGUAUUAAAGAUGAAGUUUCAUCAACUGAAAAAGAAGGUAAAACUCAUGUGUUCCAAGCUUUACAAUAUAUGAGAAAAUUAUGUAAUCAUCCAGCAUUAAUUAUUUCACCAAAUCAUCCAAAAUUCAAUGAAAUCAAUCAAAAAUUAGCAUUAAAAAAUUCGAAUAUUAGAGAUAUAGAACAUUCACCAAAAUUAUUAUCCUUAAAGACUUUGUUAUUAGAAUGUGGUAUUGGUGCACAAGAUUCUGAUUACAAUAAGUCCAAGAAACAGUCUUCCAAAAACCAACUUAUGCCGUUUGAAGGUGUUAUUUCAGAACAUAGAGCUUUGAUUUUCUGUCAGUUAAAAGAUAUGUUAGAUAUUGUUGAAAAUGAUUUAUUGAAAAAAUAUUUACCUUCAGUAACAUAUAUGAGAUUAGAUGGUUCAACUGAUCCAAGAAAUCGUCAAGCAAUUGUUAGAAAAUUUAAUGAAGAUCCAUCAAUUGAUGUAUUGUUAUUAACUACAAAAGUUGGAGGUUUAGGAUUAAAUUUAACUGGUGCAGAUACUGUUAUAUUUGUUGAACAUGACUGGAACCCUAUGAACGAUUUACAAGCCAUGGAUAGAGCUCAUAGAUUAGGUCAAAAGAAAGUUGUUAAUGUUUACAGAUUAAUUACAAAAGACACAUUAGAAGAGAAGAUCAUGGGAUUACAAAAAUUCAAAAUGAACAUUGCAUCAACUAUAGUCAAUCAACAAAAUCAAGGUUUACAAUCUAUGGAUACAAAUCAAUUAUUGGAUUUAUUUGAUGUUGACGAAACUGUCAAAGUUGAGGAGCCAAGAAAUGGUAAUGAUGAAAGAUCAAGUAAUGUUAAUGGUACUAAUGGUAAUGGUUCAACUAAUAUGCCAGAAGAUUUGGCUGGUGGUUUAACAGGUAAAGCAGCAGGUGCUGUUGGAGAAUUGGGUGAACUAUGGGAUGAACAACAAUAUGAAGAAGAAUAUAAUCUUGACAAUUUUAUAAAGACACUCAAAUAG